AGCUGGACUUGGCUCCAGCUGCUCCAAUUCCUCUCCUCCGGAUUCUUGAUAUUUUUGGGGUGAGAGGAGGUGAGCUGAGUGAUCCCACGUGUCCCAGCUCAGUCUCCCCUCCAACCACCUGAGCCCCCACCACAUUUAUGGAGAGAAAUUAGCCAGUAAAACGUAAAGAACAAGAGAACUGCAUUCAAACUAAGCUGGAAAAGAGUAUUUGCACGAUCUGUGACUGUGAGAGUAGAUGAGUCUUCUGGCUAUUCCUCUGACCUUUGAAAUCACCGAAAUCACUUUCUUCAUCCUCCUCCUAAUUUGCUUCAUUUGCAUCCUCCUUUUAUUGGUGGUUUUUUUAUAUAAAUGUUUCCAAAGCAAGAAAGAUGAACAGGCAGAAAAACGCCCUUGUACAGAUGGUAAUGGAGGUGAGGAUUGUUUAGCUGCUGAUGUGGAGGCAAACAUUCCAGGAGACCAAGAAAAGACUCUCCUGACACACAAUGUGGACUCGAACACACCCUUGAGGCCUGGCAUUCUUGUCCAGAGACGGAGUAAAGAAGCACUGGUCACACCCUUAGAAGAGAAAGAAGACAUGGAAGAAGAGGAGAAGGACAAAGUAAAAGAGAAGCAAGAGCCUAAGAAUGCUGAAGGAAAUGCUCAAGAGGAUGAUGAUUUGCAAAAAACACCUAUACCUGUCAACGGAAGUCAAUCAGUUGUUGAAAACCACAAAAGACCUUUAAAAGGAGUGACAUUUUCUAGGGAUGUAAUUGUUGUGGACCUUGGGAAGGAAUACCCAAUACCUCAAAACUACCCUUUAGAACAAAAAGAGAGAAAAUGAGCUCAGAAAAGGCUGGGUGAAAGAAGUAUAAGCUUAAAUGAACAAUGAAAUAACUGGGGGUACAAGAUCAUGAUGAAACGACAAAGUAUGGGGAAUUAAGCAGAUACAGAUAGUAUUUAACCUUUGUGCAGAAACAAGUGGGCUACAUGCAAAAUUCUGUAAGUAAAAUACCCAAAGCUUAAAUAUAGUUUUUUUUAAAACUUGAA